CUUGCGACGGACAUGAAGACCCCAAAGGCAGAGUACAGGAAAGAUGUGUAGCUGUUCCACCAAGGGCUCCACCCUGCUUUUCUAUUUUACCCUUUCUUUCUUUCUCUCUCUGCGCUGUUGUAAAUCCAGUUUGAUAGCCUGAAUGGCAUCAGUCAUUAUUGAUGCCACCUACCACCUGCCGCUGUAUGGAAGCUCUACCGACUAGUUCAAAUAGCAGAGUAGCGAAGUAGAGUAACUAAGGAAGUUUUGGAGACCUACCGUACAAUGUAAAAAAAAUCUGAAAUAACAGUUGGGCUCCACUUGCCAACAAACCAGCAUGGCUAGACUUUUCCUACAAGGGAGGAUGAAGAUGCAAAAGCACAAGUUUAUUUUCUUCUGCGCAUUGGCUCUGUGUGUCUUCUCCCAGCUUCACAACUACAAGGCCCUCCACCACAUGCCUAUACUGAGUGAGCUGUAUGCCUCCUCCGUCAAUGCCCUGAGCUUCCUCUGGAGAGGGAAGGGGAACCCUUCAAACAAUGCUCACCCAGAGAGGCCUCUACCUGGGCCUGUACCCUCCGACACUGGCCUGUGGGAACCAGAGGCAUACCGGGAGGACCAGGGAAAUGCAGAGGUGGGGAGAAAGAUUGGGCGUGGCAGUGAGGACCCGUGGCGCAAGGAGAACCCUGACUCAGGGAAUGUAAACAGAAUGACGGUCACUCUCCCAAACCCCAAAGGACCAUGGGGGGAACUUCACAAACGGAGCUUCCAUCUUAGCGAUGACCCCACCCCGUUCUUUGUGCGCACCAAGUCUGGAGAAUACUGCUUCAGAGAGGGGACGGAAAUUACUUCUCUCAAAGACCAUUUAGGACAAAAGGUCCAGGAACCCGGAGAGGGCCAGCGUAAGAUCCUGCAUGCACACCAAGAGGAACCCAAGUCAGCACAGGAGAAAACAGCCUGGGGGAAAAGGCUGGUGAAGUGUAUGUGUCGCCCAGGCUGGCACGGUCCUCACUGUGGCAUCCCCACCAUGGUGCAACACUCCAACCUGCCCACUAAGGCGCGUCUGACACUGAGAAAGGUUCCUCGAAGGGUCAUCAAUGCCAUUAAUAUCAACCACGAGUUUGACCUCCUCCACGCCCGCUUUCACGAGUUGGCUGACGCUGUGGACCUCUUCUUGGUGUGUGAGUCAAACUUCACAGCCUACGGAAAUUCCAAGCCAUUGCAAUUUCUGCACCAUCUGCUUAACGGAACCUACAACUAUGUGCACCACAAGAUCCUCUAUGUAUUCCUCGAUCACUUCCCUAAAGGUGGCCAGCAGAACGGGUGGAUUGCUGACGACUACCUGCGAACAUUUCUAAGCCGUGACGGGAUGUCCAGGGUGCAAGGGGCCAGGCCAGAUGAUGUCUUCCUCAUCAACGAUGCAGACGAGAUCCCUGCCCGCGAGGGCAUCCUCUUCCUCAAACUCUACGACGGCUGGACGGAACCUGUGUCCAUCCACAUGAGAAAGUCCCUUUAUGGUUUCUUCUGGAGGCAGCCCGGGACGCUGGACGUCCUCUCCGUCUGCACCGUCGCCAUGCUCUUCACUGUCUACAAUGGAGAUGGGAUAUUACUGAGGCGCAGGGAAUACUUCUCCAUGCCGGGUUUCCGGAACUACCAGAGGAAGAGUGGACACAUCCUGGUGCAGUGGUCCAUUGGGAGCCCCGUCCACUACGCAGGCUGGCACUGUUCCUGGUGCUUCAGACCAGAGGGAAUCUCCCAAAAGCUCAUCUCUGCCCAGAAUGGAGACUUCCCCCGCUGGGGCGACUACAUGGAAAAACGAGACCUGAAUUACAUCAAGGGCUUGAUCCGGACUGGGGGAUGGUUCGAUGGCUCAGUGGGGGAGUACCCACCCACAGACCCUAAAGAGCCUAUGUACGCACCCAAAUAUCUAUUAAAGUACUUUCAGCUGUAUCGCUACGUACUUGAUAACCCAUACGCCUGAAUCUUGUAGAAAACCGGUGAGGAUUAUUUUCUCAUUGUUGAUUUCAAUGGAAGGAUAAUUCAUUUCAAGGGAUGUUUCCUGAACACAACAUCUCUCUGAAUUUGGAUCUAUGAAACCUACACCUUCCCCUCUGAUUGAAGGUUCAGGCUGUCCACUUCCUGUCUAAAGACGAAGUAUCUAGCAGGUGAGAGGAGAGGUGAUGAAGGACAUCUGAGGGUAAUUUAACUGCUGUUGAGCUUGUGGGGGUUUUGCACAGUUUUUAUUAGACUCAUUCUAAUCAACUCUGUCCCUUUUCCAUCACAAUAUUAGAAGUUUAACAAUCCUCAAUGACAAAGGCCUCUUCUGCUCCAGAUCAUUCAAAGACUGGAUUCCAGUUGGGACAUGACGACUGUUGACUUUUGUACAGUUCCUAACUGUAGACGUGAUGGCAGACAGGUAUAUAUGUAUAGAAGAUAUAUCUGAUGAUGGCCAAUGGCCAGUGAUACUGUAGUUUUCCCUCAGUCAGAUCAACAAUGUGCUUCUAGUGCCACCAGUUUUGCGUUUCCAGAGACCUUUGUGAAGAAAGAGACCUGAAAAACGAUCAGUGCACUUUUCUGUGGUGGUGGUGAAACUGUGUUACUGUGCUGAUAUGGUUGUUUGAACAACAUAGGGAAAUAUAGCGGGAAAGGGAAAGUUGGUUUUAUAUUGUUAAAUACAAAUCCAGGUAUCCCUCACUAAUGCACUAUGGGUUUAUCUUAGCCGUCACUUGCUUUGACUACAUAACUAUUUACAUUUACAUUUACGUCAUUUAACAGACGCUCUUAUCCAGAGCGACUUACAAACUUAACUAUCUCAUAGCCUUCUUGUAAACAGAUCAUUUAUGGUGUACAGAUGAAUGAAUUUGAGGCCAAAAAGCAUAUGUAAUUAGAACCAUGUGAUCCUGCCAAACAAUUGUCACAAUGGUUUUAGACAUUUUUGUAAUCUGUAUGCAUUGUUCAUUGAGAGAGACAUUUCUUGAGAAACAAAAUCCUUCUUCUUCUGCUAUGGUCUAGUGAUUCACAUCUCGUCUGGUAUUUUUAGUUAAAUUUUUGGUCAUUUAUUAAAUGUAUUUAUUUUUUAAUCAUGCCUCUAUUUACCAUGCUUGGCUUGGACAGGAGCUCAGCUGAGCUGAGUACUGGCACCUCAAAUGUUCUACUGCUUGAGCUCCUAUUCCUUUGAUAGAAUAUUAGCUCAAAAGUAUUUUGGAGCUCUUGCACCUAAAUAUAAACAGUGCCAGCACCCAAAACGAGUACUGGAACCUAUUUCAGUACAAGUCAAUUACUGUCUAUUUAUCCCCAGAUAAAUAUACAAUAUUAGGAAGUUUAAGACUGCUGUUUACUGUGUUAAAUCUUUGAUAGAUUGACUCUAUUUUAUGAAAUAGAGUCAUGUCAAUGUGGACACUUUUGUUCAGAAUUCGCUUUAGCUCUUCCUUGUCUUGGGAGAAUGACUUUGGGAAUAAGUGGAUAAUAAUAAUUGAUUGGUUAUU